AUGCGUUCCUCAAUUCUAGCCAUUUUGUCCGCCCUGGCGGCUCUCACUGUUGCUCAGGCGGCACCAGCUGCACCAACGCUGCAUUCACGACCGAAGUAUUACUUUCCUCAGGAAGUUAAGAGGCAAAUCGAUAACUCCCCCGACACUACAAGAGUAGAUCCGCCAUCAACGGAGACGUUGCCAACGACCCCUGAGACACAGAAUCAAUUGACCUCGAAUGUGCUCACUUCGAGACAAGAAUCCCCUGUUGGGGUGUCAGAUCCUAACCCGGUAUCAUCCGGCAUCGCUUCAAAUACAGAGACAGCUGUGGUAAUCGUGCCUGUAACGGUGGUGUUAGACUCGUCAGGUUCGGUCAUUGGGUCUCCCAUCACUGGCACUCCAGCUCCUUCACCGGCCUCUACACCAGCCCCUGCGUCCAUCUCAUCAGCUACCCCCGUUCCACAAGAACCCAGUACUCCUGCAGUGUCCUCGAGCCCUGUAUCGCCACCCGUUGACAUACCAGAGUUUGUUCCAGCUUUUUCGCCGGUAUCUUUUUCGGCUCCUAUCGCGCCAAGCCUUACCACACCGGUCCCAUCAGUGCCGAGCUCUGCACCCGUUGUCAUUGCCGAGACUGUAGAGAGCUUCACGCCUGUUUCUUCAGCCGCCUUCGUGGCAUCAUCUCCAGCUAGUGCGGAACCUUCAACUCCAUCGGAAGUUUUGUCAAGUUCAGUCCCAUCGGAACCUGUUCUAACAUAUCCAGCCGCUGCUAACGCAGAGACUUCGAGCCCAGCUGUCGCGAGCACAAUCAUACCAGAGCCUGCUUCUUCGAGUCCAGCUUCUGUGAUACCAGCUGACUCUAUCCCAUCUAGUCCGGACCCAGCUCCGUCCAACCUAGUGUCUAGUGCAACAACUCCUGACUUGUCGCCGUCAGAACCAGUCUCAUCAAGUCCAGCAGCUUUCAGUCCAUUGAGCCCACCUGCGUCUACUCCACCCGCGUCAGAAGUGACUUUGCCGAGUUCAGCAGCAGCAGCGCCCUCUUCAGCAGAAAUACCCCAAUAUACUUCAGAAGUAGUCUUACCGAGCCCAGCAGCUUCCACUAUCUCCUCAGACGAGGUGGAUACCUCAUAUCCGGCAGCAGUUCCUUCUAGCCCAGCAGCUUCCACUAUCUCCUCAAACGAGGGGGAUCCCUCAAAUCCGCCAGCACUUCCUUCUAGCCCAGCAGCUUCUCCAGGAGAAGUGCUUCCAUCAGAUUCCGAAGCAUUGACUUCCCUAACGUCGAGGGCGGGGCCAUUGACUUCUGCAGCUGAGACUUCUGGCUCGUUAGAAGCGGUCCCGUUUAGUCUCCCAAGUUCAAUUUCUGGCCCGUCAGAACCACUUCCAUCCAAUUCAGCUGCUUCUGCUUUCCCUUCAGCAGAAGUCAUUCCUUCAAUCCCUGUAGCAUCUACUCCUACCACCUUAGCAGAGGGAUUAUCCAGUUUGACAGCUCCUACUGCGCCCGGAUCAGAAUUGGCCUCGUCAAAUCCAGCGUCUUCAACUCCUGCAUCGGAAGCAUUACCACCAACUUUGGCAUCUUCAACUCCUGCAUCAGAAGAAGUACCACCAACUCUGGCAUCAUCUACUCCUGCGUCAGAAGAAGUACCACCAACUCUGGCAUCAUCUACUCCUGCAUCAGAAGCAGUACCACCAAUUUUGGCUUCUUCAUCGGAAGUAGUCUCAUCAGUUUUAGCAUCUUUCACUCCUGUAUCAGAUCCGAUUACGUCGAUUUCAGGACCGUUGACUCUGAGCGACUCGAUUACCGAUGUCGUGGGAAUAACUGUACCAAGUUCAUUAAUUUCUCCUCCACCAGCAUCAAGCUCAACACCGUCAACUCCUUCUGCACAGGCUUAUUCAAUAAGCGCACCAUCAUCAGCCGAUAGUGUUGCCUCUUCCGCUAAUCCUAUAAGUUUGCCUGUGGAGACGCGAACAGCUGGAAGCGAAUCACCCUCAGUAACCAAUUCAGUCACAGCGAUACCUUCGGAUUCGGUCCCAGUGGUCAUAGCUACAUCAGCAAUUGUCACCCCUUCGGGUCAAAGUUCACCAAUUGUGGUGCCUACCUCAGUGCUCGUUACACCUUCGGCAGAUUCCCCAUCCGUGGACUCAGCGGCAUCAACAACGAUCGCCCCUACAGUGGAACCUUCAUCUACUGUUGUGCCUACUUCAGCGAACGUAUCACCCUCGGUUGAGUCUCCACCAACAAUUCUAGCAACCUCCACUACUAUCACGCCGUCUGGUGAGACUCCGCCAGUAACGGUACCCACUUCGGUGACAGACGUGCCUUCUGGCUCGUCCUCGUUGGAGAUUGCGGCUACUUCAGUCAAUGUCAUACCCUCCGGUGAGAUCUCGUCAGUUGAGGUAGCUACCUCUGUGCCGGCUCCAAUUUCUGUUACGUCAUCGUCCAUUCUGGUAGCCUCAUCAGCGACCACUACCCUACCUGGCGAGAUCUCUGGAUUGGGAGUGCCUACGUCUGUGACCAUUGAGACUGCCUCCGUGUCAUCAUCAAUUGUGGUAGCCACAUCCGUCACCACCACACCAUCCGGGGAGACAUCAGGGGUGACCGUGCCUACGCCUGUGACCAGUGAGAUCUCUGGAGUGGCAGUGCCUACUUCUGUGCCAGUCGAGACCUCCGUGGCAUCGUCAAGUAUAGAGAUCUCAACUUCAGGCUUGCCUACACCUAGCCCAUCCACGGACGCGAGCCUUGUAGCAACAACCUUAUCCUCACCUGUUAUCGGUGCCUCCUCCUCACUUCCAGUUUUGAGUACAUCAGCUAGUAGUGGAACUGAACCAACAAUUCCUCCUUCGAGCGGUACGCCUACCACUGAUUCAUUUGGUUCGGUCCUUUACCCCAGCGACAGCGUUACGUCAUCGCCCCCAGCAUUCUCCUCUGUUGUCGUUACAACUACAGAUACGUCUGGUUCCACGAUAUUGUCAACCAGCAUCAUAGAUUUGAGCAGUGCUAGCCCAACGUCACUGGACACUGUUUCGAAUGUGCCUCAAGUGACUUCGGAAACCGGCUCGACAGUUAUCUCGAUCUUGGAGUCUCCAAUUCCGAGCUCAAGCACUGGUGUGGUAAUCCCCAUUAUUCCCACUGGCGAAAGUUCGGAGACAAGCGGCGACCUGCCAACUCCCAGCGCGUCGACUGGCUCCCUCCCGGAAUCAUCUACAGGUCUUCUGCCCCCGGUCGUCAUACCUCUUUUCACCUCGACAGACUCUUCUGCUUUAUCUAGUUUGACCGAGGCCGCCACACCGCUGGUUACUACGUCGGGUAUCAUUGUAGGUAUUGACACUAUCUUUGGAACCACAACAAGCAGCGCCGAUAUCCCUGUCUUGACGACCAGUGGAUCUUCUACAGAUGCUACAACUCCCGUGGUAGUUUCUACCGAUCUGUCCAGUGCCGUUCCUCCUUCGUUACUCGGGACUGGACAAAGUUCUCUCCCAUCUGAUUCGGCUGUGUCGUCGCUGCUUCCUUCUGAUCUGCCGACACCCAUCUCGCCGACUGCUUCAGACGUCACAUCUCAGCUAUCUCCUGCUGUAACCUCGCCCGUUCCGACUUCUGUCGUUCCGGUGACAGAGACUGCAAAUCUAUCGUCAGUGGUCCCAGUCACGUCUGACUCAGGAGUUAUACCAGUGAUACCUAUCACAAGUGGUAGUGACUCCGCAUCAGUCUCAGUAAGUUCCGGGACGCUGUCUCCUGCUGGUCCUGCAACAUCAGGCUCAGCCUCGGAUAUCACCAUCGUAACUUCUGAAGUAGCAUCUGGGUUCGCUCCCGCCACAGACUCUGCGACAUUGGGAACAGCGACGGAGAGUGGGGUUCAACCUUCGGCGACGGUGUCCGGAAGUACGGCUACUACCAUUUCCGCCACCUCAGGUGCGAUUGCUGGCACCGAGUCUGCGACAGCAGCUGCCACUGCAACAGAUGUCGUCACCUCCCCUGGGACUGUUUCCGAUUCUGCGACAGCGACUGCAACUGCCACAGGUGUCGUCACCUCCCCUGGGACUGUUUCUGUUUCUGCGACUGCAACUGCAACUGCAACAGAUGUCGUCACCUCCCCUGGGACUGUUUCCGAUUCUGCGACAGCGACUGCAACUGCCACAGGUGUCGUCACCUCCCCUGGGACUGUUUCUGUUUCUGCGACUGCAACUGCAACUGCAACAGAUGUCGUCACCUCCCCUGGGACUAUUUCCGAAUCUGGGAUCGCGGCAACGGGCUCUGGGUCUGCCAUCACGACAGCUACGGAGCUCACUGCUGCUGGUUUUACCUCUCCAGUCAUUGUAACAGAGACACCGGCUACCGGGGUACCCACGAGCACUGCGCCACAGAGCAUUAGCCCAACAGGCACUGACAGCGCAACUUCCCUGACAGUGGCACCGACCAUCGUUGUUGCUCCUUCGCCUCCAACGUCUGUGGUUCCGUCGAGUGCAACAGGCACAGUACUCUCGUCGUCUCUGCCCAAAGUUAUUGCACCACCGGGUGGUGUUCCUGCGCAGCCUCAGAACACUACCUUGAUCCAGCUUGGUUUCACUUACGGCCUCAACUAUCAGUUUGUCGUUGGCUCGAGCACCGCAGUCACCCAGAUCUUCUCGUACCUCCCGCAAGGUGUCUCUCAUGGUCUCGGCGUCCCGGAAGACGCCGUUGUGAUGCAGUAUCUCCAACCAUACAAUACUCUGGGCUCUCUGGGCUACGUCACUACACUCGCGAUGGCAUAUAUCCCCUCUGACAUGGUUUCUCCGUUGCAACUCAGCUUAAUGAAUCCCAACUCGGCCAUAUACAACAAUCCCACGCCUUCGGUGCAAACGCUUAUGGGCAUGAUUGAUCCUUCUAUCCCGGUCCUUGGCGGCCAAACUCUCAGCGGUGGCUUGCCCAUCAAUGGAGAUGGCGUCAGCAAUCCCGAGGAUGACGGGAAUGGGCAAGGCGCACCAAUCGGCUCAGACGAAGACUCAUCUGCCCCGGUGCGCCCGUCUUCAGUUGGCAUUGGUGUUGGGGUGGUUGCUGGUGCGGCUGUCUACGGUGCAGCCAUGUUCCUUGUUGCAAGACGGUACAAGAAGAGAAGGUCUCUGCACCAACGGUCGAGCAGCAUGCUCGAUUCUGGCGAACCCCGAUUCGUGGGUGAAGGCUCUGCGCUCAUGGCCGGUGGGCGACAAGCGGCUGGCUAUGGUGGCUGGAGAAGCGCAACACCACCUGGCGGACAAGGAAGAGAUUCUCGAAACAGCGGAAGAACAGGAGGGAGCGGCAGGACAUAUAUCAGCCCGCCAGUGAUGGCGGAGAACAGCUUGGGCUGGAAUUAA